AACAAGUAGGAGCCGGAGUUACGGUUUUAUUAAUGUAUUGUGUAGAAAAUACAUGUAAAUAUAUUACUACAUAUUUCUGAACACUUUCUCGGUUAGUCUGGAGUGAUGACAGCCCCGACGCUUGUGAAAUGAUGGACUGUUACGGUUAAAGAUGACAAGAUGUUUAAGGGAACUGUCUCAGCUGAGCAACAUGUUUCAGGCUUCCAUAAAGAGCAGUAUUGUGCUUUUUGGUCAUAAAUAAGGACCAAGGAUUAUGGCGGAACAGUUGGAUCUGAGUGAUGAUGCAGCCUCUGUAAUUCCACCAGAGAUCAGUGAGCCCCAAAAGGAGGAUGACCCACAUCCAAACUUCAGACAAGGCAUCAUGCUGCAGCUGAUAGAUGAUCUCUCAUAUGAAGAUGUGAAAAAGUGCUACCGGGGAUCAACUGUCAGCAAGUACAACUCUCAGUACCACAAACUGUUCCAGAGUGUUCCCUCAGAGGAGAUCCUAAUGAAAGUGUACUCAUGUGCUCUCCUGAGAGAUAUCCUGCUGCAAGGACGACUCUACAUCUCCCGCAACUGGCUGUGUUUCUACGCAAACUUGUUUGGCAAAGAUAUUAAGGUGGCUAUCCCUGUAGUUUCAGUUCGUCUUGUGAAGAAGCACAAAACAGCUGGCUUGGUUCCUAAUGGCCUGGCUAUCACCACAGACACUAGUCAAAAGUAUGUUUUUGUGUCACUCCUGUCUCGUGACAGUGUGUACGACGUCCUCAGGAGAAUCUGCACCCACCUGCAGGUAAAUGGUAAGAAGAGUCUCAGUCUGAAGCAGUAUCUAGAAGAGCCUGGCUCACUGUCGACUGAUGAGUUCCAAAUAGCCAGUGAUUACACCCCAGUGUUGAAAUGGCGCAGGAAGCCAUCAAUUCCGACUGUGUCCUCCUCUCUACCUGAUUUGUUGGGAAACUCCACCAAUAGCCUUAAUGCUGGGCAGCCUCCGUUUAGCAGCGAGACUCCAAUGCAGGAGAGGCAUCUGGAGACAGAGAAGAUUCUGUUGACUGAGCCAGUAUCAGAUCUGGGCCACAUUGAAUAUCAGCUUCUCAAAUUCUUUAUACUGCUUAUUAUCCUGCUCAUCAUGUCUUCAUGUUACCUGGCCUUUCGUGUGUGCAGUCUGGAACAACAACUCUCCUUUUUAAACACACAUCCAGCUUUACCUAUGAGAGACAGGUAACACAGGUUAACAUUCUGCUGCUCUUGUCCAGUGCAGCAAUUACCAGCUGUGAGUAAUCAGUCCUGGACAGGAAGUUUGCUGAUCCACUGUAGGAGCUGUACUAAUGUAGCACAGUUGGACUUGAACUGGAGUAGUUGCAGAGCAUCGACUACCGACUAACAAGUAUAAAGAAGAACCAUUAACAAAGCUUUUGUCUGGAUUCUAGCACUUUAAGUGAAGUCAAUGCCAAGAUGCAAAUUAUUCAGCUUCCAGACCGGUUUGAUGAUGGUGUUUAGUAUUUGUUCAUUCCAUAUUUAACAUGUCAAUUAUGUCUAGAGACUCGCUUUUGAAAGGAAGUCAUUGUGGAAGUGUAUGUGGCAGAGGAACUUUGCUUAGGAAAGUACAUAGCAAAAAUAUAUUUUAGAUAAGAUAAGUCUGAAUUAUAGAGGCUAAAAUGGAUAAGGUUUAAUUCGUUGACAUAAGGGAUGUUCCAGUCUUGUUCCUCAGCCUUUGUCCCGUUUUUUCGGUUACGGGGUCGGCAUUUCCGGCUUCUUCCCGUUAGGGGUCGCCGGCGGGAUUUGGCACAGUUUUUUACGCCGGAUGUCCUUCCUGACACAACUCUCCCUAUUUUAUCCGUGCUUGGGACCGGCACUACAAUGCACUGGUUUUUGCAUCUAGCGGCUAGGUAUCUAUAGGACAAUUCAGUGUUUCCAAUUAGCCUGGUGGCAUGUUUUUGGACUGUGGGAGGAAACCGGAGCACCCGGAGGAAACCCACGCAGACACGGGGAGAACAUGCAAACUCUGCACAGAAAGGACCUGGACCGCCCCACCUGGGGAUCAAACCCAGGACAUAAGGGAUGUUCCAGUCCUAGAUUAAAUAUUAGUUUUGGGCUGAUAUUGGCCAAAAUUAUUAUUUGAUCGAGUUACUGCAAAACAAAAUUUUUGUUCAUCUUUGUCCUAUUGGUUGAUAUCAGGGUAAGACCCUUAGCCAGAAAAUAUCCACAAUUGAGGAGAAGGUCACAAUUUAGCUCUAACACAUUUUAGCUAUGGCUGAUGUGCAGUAGAGGUGGGCUAACACAUUGAACUGCUCAACCACUUUAGCAUUCCAUCCAAAACUGUACAAAAUACAUUUGAUGAUCUGACAGCUUAAUUAAAAAUGAGAGAACCAAUUGUGCCCUGCUGCUUUCUCAAAUUGCAUGUCAAAUGAUAUGUGAUACAGACACUCAUAUAGUGAUUGUCUUACCUAAGAUGAUGUCACUAUUUGAUCAGUUUACGUAUUGGCCGUUACUCAAGAGCUGUGACUCAAGUGGGAAGAUGUGACUGGGGCAUCUCUUGUGGUUAAUGGUGGUUGUUUUGUUGUUGGAAAAAGAAAGUCUGCUAAGUGAGUCGAUCAUAGCAAAAGUGAGACUGUAGUGUGGUAUUAUGUGUAUUAUGGCAAAUACACAAACAAAACAGUCAUGUUAUUUAUAAUCAAGAUUAUGUUGUUUGGAAUUGUACAAUUAUCUGCUAUUUUGCUCUCCAAGUACUGCACAUUUUGUAGAAAAUGUGGCAAGUAGUGCUAUAUGCUACUGCAUAGUUUAUUGUAAAUUAAAAAUUAAGAGAGGUACAAUGUGCCAUAGGAUAUAGAUUUAAUGUAUUUAUCUUGUAACAGGUUUUAACGAGGCAUCAAGCAGCAGUUUUUAACCUAUUUAAGAUUUUAUGUAUGAUAACAAUAGGCCUAAUUUAAGAAGUUCACAUACAUGCAUGUUGAGAUAAAUUAUUGAAAUAGAUCAAUUUUUCAAUACAAUAUAUGCUCAGAUUGUACAGUCUAGAUUUUUAACUGUCAAAUAAAGAGCAACUAUACAGCAAUAUGACCAUUAAACUGUUUUAACCAGUU